GUGUCCAGGACUCCGGUGUAAACAAUAAUCAACAUGGCGGCUUCAAGCGACUGGAUUAGUAAAGAUGAAGCUCUUACGGACACAUUUAACCGCUUUAAUACAGAUUUCUCGGGUGAACUAACAGCAGAACAACUGCAGGAGCUACACUCUGACAUAAGAGAUGGAGGGAUAAGUUUACCGCAGGUAGAAGCGUCAAUAGAGGCCGUUUGUGCGGCCGAAACUUGCGACAGGCAGGAACUUUAUGAUGUUCUCAACGAAAUGGACCGGAGGUAUUUUCUCGUUCGCGACUUGCAAUGGGAGUUUUCAAUGCUGGACAGGGAAAAUAAAGGUGCCAUUAGUGAAAGAGAAGCAAGAUUCCUAUUCCAGGCUGUUCACGACGAUUUUUUCUCGCAUCGCCGGUGGCUCAAAUUCCUUCGUAGUCGCGCUGCUCCCGGUUCUGGAAUUAGCUUUGCAGAGAUUGAAGUUCCACUUUGCGAUAUGCCAACCAUGGAUUGGCUGGACGAAGAAAGGCAGGAUGAGGAUAAUGAAAAGGAGGAAGAGUUGAGACGUAAACGGGAGAAAGAGAGAGCCGAUGAAGAGGCGAGGAAGGCCGCCGAGAACAAGGCGAAAUUUGAGAAAGAAGCAGCGAAGAGAAAAGAAGAAGCGGCAAGGAGAAAAGCCGACGCAGAAGCUGCUAAGAAGAAAGCCGAACAAGAAGAACUGGAGAGGAAGGCGAAAGAAGAGGAGGAGGAAAGAAAGCGCCGGAAGUAUGAGGAAGAUGCGAAGAGGCUCAGCGAGGAAGAAGCAAAACAAAGAGAAGAAGAGGAAAGACUGAGGCAGGAAGAAGCUAAGAGACUAGAGGAAGAAGAGAGGAAGAGAAGGGAGAAGGAAGAAGCUGAUCAGAAGUGGAAGAAAGAGGAACUGCGAAAACAGCAAGAGCUGGAACGAGAAAAGGAAGAAAGAGAAAGAGAGGAGCUGGAACGAAAGCAGAGAGAGGAGGCAAUGGAGGCUGAAGAAUUAGCUGAAGAAGCAGAAGAAGCAGAAAGAGUAGCAGCAGAACAAGCUCGUUUAGCAGCUGAAGCUGCGAAAAAAGCAACAGAUGAGGCAGCAAAGAAGGCUGCUGAAGAAGCACAAAAGAAAGCUCUUGCUGAAGCCAUGGCAAACAAGGAAAAGAGAUUGAGGGCCAACUUAAAGGGGGCAGUGAAAUCUAGAAAGGAAGAAAAAUUGGAAGGAUCAAUCAAGGAAGCCAAGACUGCUAAAAUGCCUGGUUUGAAGAAUGACAUUGAUACUGCAGAAAACACUCUUAAGGAUGUCCAAGCAGGGGAAGCCUUAAAAAGCGCAAUUAGACGUCGACAUCUGGGUGAUCUGGAGAAGUCAAUGGCCCACAUUCGAAAAAAUGGCUGGGAGAAAGGCUGGGGCAUUGAACUCAAAGAAGGAGAAAAACUGGCAAGCAGAUUAAGACGUCUUGAGAAACUGAAAGCAGAAAUCAUGGAACUGAAACAAAGUGUAAUAUCAGAGAUCAGGAGUUAUGGGAAUCCACCUCCUGCAGUCCACAAGGUUAUGAUUGCCACAUAUCUGCUGCUCAACUAUCCUGAGAAGGAGUUGCUUAACUGGAAGAACAUGCAAGCACUGCUUGGCAAGACAGGCAAAGAGGGUUUGAAGCGGCAGGUCACAUCACUAGAUCCAUUACAUGUGGACAUGAGCAAGGCUGACUAUGCUUUUGAAAAGUAUCUGAAGGAGACUGAUUUGGAGACAAUCAGAGAUACAAGUGCUGGGGCAGCCACAUUCUAUGUUUGGUCAACCAACAUGAUAGAGGAAGUCCAUUCUGUUGCUGAGCAGAAGGAGAAACUGUUAGAAGAAGAAAAGAAAAGAAAACAAGAAGAAGCUGAAGAAGCAAGGAAGGUGGCAGAGAGAAAGAAAGCUCGUGAAGCUGCAAAGAAAGGUGCACCACUGACUAAAAGAACGUCACAGAUACCUGGAAAAAAGACUUCAGCGACUGAUCAGGGAGGCAGAACAUCAAGGGAUGAAACAAGAGGAAGAAGUAAUUCUAGAGGCAGAGAAGGGAGUAAGGAGAAUUUGAGCAAGUCCCCUGCCAGACCAGGUGUGGCACGAAGAGCCUCUAGCAAGUCUCCUGCUGCUCGCAGCUAAUUUAAUAAACUCAUACGUACUUGUUUGAAUACAUAUCUUUCAAUGGGGCUGGUUCAUGGUUUGCUCAUCAUGACAGUUUUAGCCCUAGUUUUUAAUUCCACCAUCAGCAAUCUGUGUUAAUCUCUGCUGGAUUCUAAACCAUCCCCCUUCCUGUUGGGUAGAUUCUUACCUCCCUGUUGUUUGUCUACUGCAGUAAACAAUUAUCACAAGAUUUCAUUCUUUUAAGAGCCAAUUCUUUGUGGUUUUUAAGAUCACUCCAAACAUUUAAUUCUCAUAAAAACCCACAAUCACCAGACUACCAAAGGUUAUACAUCUUUUUAACAUGUAUCUGGUUAAUAUGGAAAGACUCAAACAGCUUGAGAGAGGUAAAUAAGUGAACAAGCAGUCAUCUGCUUGAAAUUUGAUCUUUGGAAGUCAAGAGUUUUCUUUGCCCAAUAUUCAUAACAAGUGAAUCUGACAAUUGUCCUUCUCAAAAAGAUGUUUUUCCAUCUUGUCAUAAGGGUGGGAUAAAAAAGGUUCUGAGUUCCCCUGAAGAAUGGAACUUCAGACCUUUCAAAAUUACAUGCUCUGAUGCUUUACUGUUGAGCCUCCAAGACUCUUCAAUAAGCUAGGUCAUUACUAAGUUCAUUCUAACUAACACACACUGGGAGCAGGUACAGAUUGCCCUCAUACCUGCAGAUCACAAAAUAUAAAUAAUGAUAUCAAUGUUUAAUUAAAAGUAGUCUGUAAUGCAGGCCACAAUUCAGUUAUCUAAGGACGUUUUUGUUCUUUAGUAACCUGCUCAUUAUUUAUUUCUGUGGCUAAGAUGUACAUAUUUUUCACAUUUAGACUGCUUUAAGAAAUCAUUGUUUACUCAAACAUACCUGGAUUGCAUAAAGGAAGUCUCUAUACUGUGCAGUUCAGAGGGAAAAUGUAUUUUUGACAACUUCAGUUGCAUAUUUUUGUAAUACAAAAUAGGAGAGCAAGGGAAUUAUUUACUUGCCUUUGUACAUAUCAGCAUUGUCCCAUGUUUAUAAUAA